CUUGCCUCCAAGGCAUUUUCCAUUUCCUGGCCCCCUCCUCCUCCCCAUCCCUCAGCUUUCGCCCCUCCGCCCCUCCUUUUCAGCUCUGGCCCCUAGGGGAGCGUCCCUUGCCGCGGGGCUGACAGCACUUAGGGGUGCGGGGUCCCUGUUGUCUGUGCGCACAGCUUCGUUCACGGGUGCCUGGUGUCCAGCGGGCAUUGAUGUCAGGCGGUGGCGGAGCGCUGCCUACAGACGGUUGACCUGGACCCUCCUCCACACUCACUUCCUUCGUCGCCCCCUCCCUCUUCCCUGUACUCGGGCUCUGGCUCUCUAUAAAAGGCGGGAGCGUGGGGUGCCACAGCAGCGCCGAGUUUCAGCACCAUGGAGAGCCCCCGUCUCCGGCCGCUGACCGUCUUGGGUGCCGCCCUGCUUUUUCUGCUACCGCUGUUGGGUGCCCGUGCCCAGGAGGAUGCUGAGCUCCAGCCCCGAGCCCUGGACAUCUACUCCGCCGUGGAGGAUACCUCCCAUGAGAAGGAGCUGAUCGAAGCGCUACAGGAAGUCCUGAAGAAGCUCAAGACUAAAAGUAUUCCGAUCUAUGAGAAGAAGUAUGGCCAAGUCCCCAUGUGCCACGCUGGGGAGCGAUGCGCAGUGCGAAAAGGAGCACGGAUUGGGAAGCUUUGCGACUGUCCCCGAGGAACCACCUGCAAUUCCUUCCUCUUGAAGUGCUUAUGAGGCUUCCACCCUCCUCCAUAAAUCCCCACUGCCUCUGCCUCCCUUGAGAGGACCACACUUUCAUCCCUGGAGUUCGGCUUUAGCAACAAAGUUUGCAUUUCCCUCUGAGAGUUAAAGGGGCUCUUGUCCUGCUGUUCCCAAAUAAAAGAAUACAUUAAAUGUUACUGUGUGAAGGAUAACGCCUUGUACGGUGUUGAUACAUGUGCAGAGUAUUCUUAUUCAUCUGACAAAUUCUUACCCAUCUUUGUGUAGAGAAGGGCAACUUUGCUUUGAAAACUGUAUUUUUGUAUGUGGUGUGGCAGGAUGAACAUUAGAUUUAGUUAAUCUUGGUAGGUGACAUCACAACCUGGAAAAUAAUCCCAAAUGACACAAAUUGCAGCAUGUACAAUUAUACAUAAUAAAGUGUUUUUAAUAAUUGCUCUUACUGCA